AAUUGUCAAUGUCAAGAAUAAAAAAUACACAAAAUAAUUAUACUUUUUAUAUUUAUAUGAUUAAUUAAUGUUCUUAAAAGAAAGAUUAAGUGUUUUUAAAGUGUUAUUAUAAAUAUUACGAAUUGUGUGUGGAACUCAAAUGACGAUUUAGAGUGCAAUUUUCCUUGUUUCAAGGUCUCCACUUCGACCAUAGUUUUUUUUAUAAUGACAAAUGAUAAUGUUUUAGGUAUCUAUUUAUCGUGAACUUCGUGAAGUAUAAAGUCAUAUACAUGAUCGUUCUCAAUACGUUCACAAUUCUUAUUCAAGUUGCUUUUAUAGUUUUUAUGUCAUUAUUGUCUAUGAAUAUUAUUCGUCGCUUUUCUGGUAGUGCGAAAAGAAUGGCCGUAUUAGCACCAGCGAUAUUCGUUAAUCAUGGAGGUGGUCCUCUGCCUUUAUUAGGAGAAAAAGAUCAUUUAGGUUUAACAGUAUUUCUUCGAGACGAAGUAAAGAAACAUGUCAACUUUAAGGAAUUGAAAGCUAUCAUCUUGGUCACAGCUCACUGGGAAGAACAAAAAGUAUCAAUAUCGUCAGCGGAGCAUCACGACUUGUACUUCGAUUACUACGGUUUCCCGCCCGAAACUUACAAAUACAGGUACGAUGCCCCAGGAGAUCCAGAACUAGCUAAACGCAUUCAAAUAUCACUGAAAAAUGCUGGUAUCGAGUCUAAAUUAGACCCGAAAAGAGGUUGGGACCAUGGAGUGUUUGUGCCAAUGAUGCUCAUCAAUCCAAGUGCUGAUAUUCCAAUCAUUCAAGUAUCAGUUCUUUCUAAUCAGGACCCCGAGCAACACUAUGCACUUGGGCAAGUGUUAUACCAGUUCCGUAAAGAAGGUGUAGCAAUAAUUGGAUCUGGUAUGUCAUAUCAUAAUAUGCGUGAAUUCAGAUACAGUCGUGAUACUGGAAAAGUUGUUAAUGCGGAAUUCGAUGAAUACCUUAAUAAAGCUUGUACAUCAGGCAAUGAUAAGAGGAAACAAGAUUUAAUAGUGUGGGAUUCCCAGCCUGGUGCGAGAGAUGCCCAUCCACCAAGAGCUGCUGAGCACUUAAUGCCACUCAUAGUGAUUGCUGGGGCCGGUGGUGAAGGUCCAGGAGAGAGGAUUUUUAACUGGGAUAUGAGUGGUACUUUCAGAUUGAGCGGUUUUAUUUGGAAAGGUGAAUGAUAUCACAUAGGUACAGAGCUAUAUUAAAAUUAUAUAUAUAAUCAUAAAGAAAGUAAAUAUUUAAUUUAAUAAUUAUAUAAUACUUAAAUAUAAAACGACACAAUCUUUAAAAACAAAUCUUGUUUUAACUUUAUAGCAAAAUAUACAAACAUGUAUUCAAUAAUAUCCAAGUAUUUCUCGAUAUAUGAGUGCGUAAUUGCAUGAAACAAUAGGGAAAAUAUUAAAUGUGUAGCCAAAUAUGUGAUGAAUGUAGUAAGAGUGAAAGUGUACUGUGUCACUCAAAUGAACAAACUUCAUUGCACUCGAUGAAGUUUCACUUGAAGAAUGUGUUAAUUUACAUGCAUUGCUAUUUCUCUACAAAAAACUUAUAUAUGUUUUUUUUAAAUGUUGCUUUAUAUAAAAUUAUUAUUUUAAAAGGUUGGUUAUCAAAUGGGUUCGGUUUAUCUGGUUUAUAUUUAUUUAUUAUAAAUAAAAAUAUCUAUAUUUUACAAUUUCUCCAUUAUUAAAAUUAAUAACUUAUACAUUAUUUCAAUUCAUUACUGAUUAAGCUUUUUUUUAAAUUUAAUACAUUUUCACCAGUCUCCAUGUAUAUUAUGCGUAAUAUGCAUUAUAUUUGCAAUAAAAAAAAAAUAAGUCUUGUAUUAUUUGAUAUGAUGUUUAUUAUCUGACAUCUUAGCUUGGUAUUAAGCAACAUUAGAAUUUAAAUAUCAUCAGAAAAUGGAUUGGAAGUUCAGUUCUAUCUGACAGCCAUAUCUAGUACCGCGCACGCUCAUUGCUCAAAAAUAGCGCGCGCUCAUUGCUCGGCUUCCUGUUAUACACUUCCGUCCGUUUUCACAAAAUCGCACCCACAGAUUGCAGGAAAGCGAAAAUAAAAACAAAUAUAAUUAUUAUAUGUAACAAAGUGCAGUCUUUUGAUUUAGAAAAUGUUAAAUACAAACGCCUUUGCAUUCCAUUAUGACCUUGAAACUUAUCUAACAACGCAUCCAUCAAAAGUUGCUUAUCAUGUUUAUUGCUGUAACGUCAAAUACUGUUUUAAUAGAAACAGAAUAAAUAAAAUAAAAACACAUUUUUUUUAAUGUUUUGUUCUGGGACUGGAUAAAAUGGGACCACUAGUAUAUUGUUAAUUGUUAUAGGAAUUAUAUCUUUUUUAUCUGUAUUUGCGCCUUAUAUUGUUGUAUAUUUUUAAGAAUAAAAAAAUAAUUGUUAUUUU